GAUCUGCGGCCACCACCAUGCCACACCAUGCUAGUGGCUGCCAGGAGCCCUGGGGCCAGCAGCGCCCCCUAGCGGGAAGCGUGGUCACCGCGUAGCACUCUGGGCACCUGACUCGGGGGCGGAGCCGGGGGCGGGGAAAGAGGCGCAGGAAACCCGGAAUUUAAAGAGUUUCUCUGGUCUAGUUUUCCCGGUCCCUGGGCUUCAGGGCCCUGCCGUCCCCGCCGACCUCCGCCUCCGGGAUGGCUAGGGUCUGGGUCUGCGUGGGAGGCGCCGUCUUCUUCCUCUCCUGUCUGGUUUUGCACGCGUGCUACAGCGGCUCUCUGGUUUCAAGGACAUUUGCUUUUUACAUACCAUGGAGAAAGGAGGACACUCUUUUCCGGCUGGAUUUGGGUUGGCCCAAGUAUUCAGAAUACUUCACUGGUUCGACAUUUUCUGUUGCAGUUGACUCCGUCAAUGGGUUAGUUUACGUAGCUCAAAGAGGGGAUAACAUCCCCAAGGUAUUAGUGUUCACAGAGGAUGGAUAUUUCCUACGAGCCUGGAAUUACACAGUUGACACACCACAUGGUGUAUUUGUCUCCAGCACACCAUACGAACAGUCCGUCUGGAUCACGGACGUAGGAAGUGGGGCCUAUGGUCAUACUGUUAAAAAGUAUAAUUCCCUGGGCGACCUCGUUCAAGUCUUGGGCACCCCAGGCAAGAAGGGCACUGGCUUGAACCCACUACAGUUUGACAACCCUGCAGAAGUAUAUGUAGAUGGCACGGGGGAGAUUUACAUUGUCGAUGGAGAUGGUGGCUUGAAUAACAGACUGGUCAAACUGUCCCAAGAUUUCAUGAUCCUCUGGCUGCAUGGAGAGAAUGGAACAGGACCUGCCAAGUUCAACAUACCUCACAGUGUUACUCUUGACUCCGUUGGUCGGGUGUGGGUUGCUGACCGAGGAAAUAAAAGACUCCAAGUAUUUGAUAAAGACACUGGAGAGUGGCUAGGAGCAUGGGACACCUGUUUCACAGAGGAAGGGCCCUCGGCUGUUAGGUUGACCGCGGAUGGGAAGUACUUGAUCGUGGCCCAGCUGAAGCUCAGUAGGCUGUCCGUUUUGGUGGCCCCACCAUCCGGAGACAUCGGAGACUGUUCUGUGGUCAGCACCAUCCAGCUGGCAGACCAGGUUCUGCCGCACCUUCUAGAAGUUGACAAAAAGACCGGAGCAGUCUAUGUAGCAGAGAUUGGGGCCAAACAAGUGCAAAAAUACGUCCCAUGGCACAGCCGUCCCCCUGCCUUUGGGAGGGGCUUCAAGUAGCAGUUCUGUGCCUCAGAGGCAUUGUGCUUAAAGUCAUUAAGGCACAGGGCCAUUUUUACCUCUUCUGCCAGACAAGUGUGUUGGGAUGCCAUUAAGAGUCAUGUUUUCUGGUGGUUCUUGGGCCUUAGUUUUACAACUAAUCUUGUAAGAAUGUUUUGGUUUUUUGUUUUGUUUUGUCUUUUCCUUUUUGAUGGUCCUGGGUGUUGAACUCAUGGCCUGAUGCAUGCUAGGCUGCUGCCCUGGCACUGAGCUGCGCCUUCACCUAAGCAGCUUUUGGAGAAAGAAACGCAGUUAUGAAAUGGGGCCACAAAGGGGAACUGUGAUUGUAACCAAAUUGCUUGCGUGGGUUGAUUAACUCUCUCCGGGCUCCGAGGAUAGCCUUUUGAUUCCAUCGGAAGAACUGGAAACUACUGGUUUGUUUAACUUCUGCAAAGCGGACUGUGAAGGAUUGUGGGUGGGUGGACCGCUGAGUGAUCUGACAUGUGCAGAGUGCCCUGCCUGGUCCAGAGGGUCCCAAAGUGAGGAAGCAGCAUUGUCUGCUUGCGGUCCAGCAGAGAGACACGUGGGCAUAGUGACAGCAGGAGACAGAGGACCGUGACGGACAGGACGAGCCAGGCAGGGUGGAUUCAUGGAGACUGCAGGCAGCGGCAGCGUGAGCUCAUUGGCCGAGAGAUGAGUGAGGAGGAGGUAACAAUACCACUCAAGUAGAGAAGGCCUAAGAUUUACAGACAUCCCCUGAAUCGUGAGGAGAAGGCAAAACAAAGGUUUCGUCUUUUUGCUACAAAAUGCUUAAUGCCAGCCUUUACAAGUAAGACUGCAACAGCCAGCAUCUAAGCACUUUACUGAAAUGAAGAUUUGCCAAUGGUAGCUUAAGAGUUAAUGCUAGCAAUAAGUUCCCCACUCACCAUUGUCCAUUCCAGUUUUCAAGAAUGAACUCACUUUGCUGCUAGUAAUUAUCUACCUCCAAGACAUGCUAGGGAGCUGGGACCAUUCACAGGAAGUGUGCCAGGCACGUGGAGGUCUGAAGAUGCCUUCCCUGCCUCCCCAGCCCGCUCUUGUCCAUCAGAGUGCCGGCCUUCAGAUGCACAUUCCGUGUCUUUCAGUCUGUCCUGGGCCAUUCUAGACUUUGGGGGAACCCUUUCCUCUCAGGGUCCUUCCAUCGUCCACCCCCUUUGCGGCAUCGGAGUCCCUCCCUGUCCCAGGGUUACAUGGUGACUUGUGCGGCACCGCGGCCGCCUAAGCUGACUUUGCUUCCCAUCCUCUACAGCUGAAGGGGCUUGGACCUGCUUUGGUGGCUUGGGUCACAGGUAGCGUGGGAGGAAAGUGAUCCUCCAGUAGACACGCGCUGCGUCCCUGCCGCUCCCCAGACUGAGCCCGAAGUCACUUCAGUCUUCCUGUGGUACCGAGGGAGCACCAUCCUUUCCUCCAUCGCUGGUGCGGUGUGGACUGGGUUUGCGGCUGGCACAGAUGUCUGGAGCCUGCAGCACACUGCAGGGUGUUCUGAGACGGCCUUCCAACUGUCGCGUGCACGUUUGCCGGACUGUCCAGGGUUUAUGCGUUUGCUAAGAAGCGGCUGACUUGGAAAGUGGCUGGUUAUCCUCAUAACAAGUGUGCGGCUGUUGCACCUGUGGGCACAUCUGGAGUCCUCAGGCUUCACGGCUGCUUCAGUGGUGUAGACAGAACCUCUAGAGCUGUGAACGCUAGCCAUAGGGAUGAAACUUCCCAGCCAGUACCGGCUUGAUGUCUUCUUUACAGAUUCUUAGAAAACUUGCUGAGAAUAUCGUUCCUGAUUGUCUUAAAAGGUAUGCUUACAAUCAAAGUGAUUUUACUCCCCGCCUUUGGAUCAGUUAGUUAAAUAAAUAGGAAUUGUAUUUUCUAUUGGAACAUUAAAGUUUUGCAAAGAAAAAUCUA